AUUAUAAAUUAAUGAACAACCCUGGAUCUGAUGAUCAAUUUGUUAAGUCACCACAGACAUUCAGAUGAUUCAAAAAAGAAUGGCGGCACUUGACAAAGAAAAAUGCAAUCCUUUUCAUGAAGCUGUCCAGGGGAAGGAAGACCUCAUGAACUUGGUGAGGGGUGAAGGGCCUUGGCAAAGGAGGAUUCUGUUGGUAUGCAUUGGAAUUUUUAUUCCUUUUUCAUGUCAUAAUCUGGCCAUGACUUUUUUUGCUCCUAAUCUGGAUUACUGGUGCGCCCGACCCCCAAAUUCCAGCCUGACUGUGGAGGAAUGGAAAGAAAUGGCUUUGCCUCCGAAUGACAAGCAGUGCUCAAGAUAUAAACAUUGGAAUAUCUCAAAAAUGGCGUGGAAUUCCUUCAGCGUUACAAUGAAAAAUGAGACAGUCUCUUGCGAUUCUUGGGAAUAUGACGAUUCUGUUUAUAAGUCUACAGUUCUAGGAGAAUGGAAUUUGGUGUGCGAUCGUGAAUGGUUCAUAUCUUUGUCCAAAUCAAUUUUCAUCGCAGGCUAUAUGUGCUCUGUAACCGUGUUUGGAUAUCUUGCCGACAAAUUCGGCAGGAGAACAGUAAUAACUAUCUGCAAUGCUAUUUCUGUGGUAUCGGCAAUCGCAUGUGCUUUCUCUACCUCGUUCUUCAUGUUUGCUAUUGCUAGGUUCUUCGUCGCCGUUGGUUCUGCCGGAGCAUUCAGUACGGCUUUUGUUUUGGUGAUGGAAGUUAUUGGCCCUGAUUAUAGAUCUUUGUAUGGCAUUGGGAUAAAUGCUGGUUGGGUCUUCGGUUACCUGAUUCUGCCUGGCAUUGUCUUGUUGCUGAAAGACUGGUUCCACGUACAACUUGUUAUAACAAUUCCGUCCAUUGUUUUCCUUUCAUCUUGGUGGGUGCUUCCUGAAUCCCCUCGAUGGUUAUUAACCCGCGGGAAAACAGUUGCACUGAUGCAAGUACUUUCAAAUUCUGCAAAAACUAAUGGAAUUCAUUUUGAGGAUAUAAAGCCGAUACUGCAAGAUACCAUAUCUAAGACAAGUAAGGUAAAAGAAAAGGAAGACUCAAACGCCAAUAUUUUGCAAUUGCUGAGACCAGGGCUCCUGAGAAAUACGCUUAUAGUAUUUUAUAUGUGGUGCGUGGUGGCUUUCGUGUACUAUGGGAUAACAUACAACACGAAUGAGUUAGCAGGUGAUCCUUUUGUGAACUAUGUUGCGUACGGUCUCGUAGAAGUGCCGGCGUACGUGGUGACAUAUUAUUUGAUCAAGUCCAAAGGCAGAAGAAAUCCUCUGGCCAUCAGCUUGGGAGCAGCAGGAACAGCUUGUCUGCUAAUGUACCCGAUACCAGACGAUCCAUGGUGGCUCGGCAGCAUUUUGUCGUUAUUCGGAAAAUUCUGCAUCACUUGUGCUUUUGGUAUCAUUUAUGUAUUUACCGCUGAAAUAUUCCCCACGGUGGUGAGGAAUGCUGGGCUCGGCUCGGCGUCAGUGAGUGCUCGAAUCGGCUCUAUCAUCGCUCCUUUCGUCAGAGAAUUAGGUAAGGCUACUCAUCCUGUUGUACCGCAACUCUUCUUCGGAAUUUUAGCAGCCUCAGCUGGAUUUCUUGUUCUACUCCUCCCAGAAACGAACAAUCUCGUAAUUCCUGAUACUUUACAAGAGGCGUCUGAAAUAGCCAGGUAGCCUUCAAGGCUGUUUUAAUCAGGAUUACUACGCAAUUAACAGCAGGAAU